AUGGAGCCCAACGAAAUUGAAGAAGAAGAAUUUGGAUUCUCCAGAAAUUAUUUCCUGUCCAAGGAAAUUGGGAAUUCCGGCAAAAAGUCUGCUCAUAAGCUCUCCGAUAUUGACCUCGUCGACGAACAGGAGCUCAGAGAUGCGGUUGCCAAAAUUGAGCAGAAGCAUGAGAAAGAAAUUGACGAUUUGAUUAAAAGCUAUAAGUGCUUGUAUCAAGAAUGGGUUCUUGAAUUAAGGUGUGGUUUUGGACUUUUGAUGUAUGGGUUUGGGUCAAAGAGGACAUUGCUUGAAGAUUUUGCUUCCUCUGCACUUACUGAGUAUUCUGUGAUCGUCAUCAAUGGUUAUCUCCAGUCCAUAAACCUAAAGCAGGUUCUUAUAACCUUAGCCGAGCUCAUGUGGGAUCUUGUUAAAACCCAAACGAACACUAGUUCUGGAACUUUGCGUAAACAUCAGCAGCCAUUCACUACUCAAUCCAUGGAUGAUUUGAUAGCUUUUCUGAAUACUUCACACGUAGAGGAUGACGAUUCUUUUGUAUGUGUUGUUGUCCACAACAUUGAUGGACCUGGUUUGCGUGACCCUGAAACUCAGCAAUAUCUCUCAAGAAUUGCUGCUUGUCCCAAUAUACGUAUUGUUGCUUCUAUUGACCACGUGAAUGCGCUACUCUUGUGGGAUAAGAAGAUGGUUCACACCCAGUUCAACUGGUAUUGGCAUCACGUCCCUACCUUUGCACCAUACAAAGUGGAAACGACAUUUAUGCCUCUCAUUCUUGCUCAGGGCAGUAGUUCGCAGAGUGUCAAGACAGCUUCAAUCGUUCUGCAGAGCUUGACACCAAACGCUCAGAGUGUAUUCAAAGUUCUUGCAGAACAUCAACUUGCUCAUCCUGAUGAAGAAGGGAUGCCAACUAAUAACUUGUAUGCUAUCUGCCGAGAGCGAUUCUUGGUGAGUAGCCAAGUCACGUUGAAUUCUCAUUUAACCGAAUUUAAAGAUCAUGAGUUGGUCAAGACGAGACGAGAUUCUGAUGGCCAAGAUUGCUUGUACAUUCCUAUCCCUAAUGAAGCACUUCAAAAGAUUAUGCAAGAGCUUAGUCAAUAG